GACUAUUCCUUCAAAGUCGAAUGCGUCCACUUAGGAAGAAUAAAUUGCAUAAAAAUUAUUGGAAACUUCACGGAGCAAGGGCAAGCCGUCAUGGAAGGAUUCUCAGUAUUACAAGACAUUUGGGAUAAACAUGUAGGAAGUGUAGAAACAGCUGCAAGUAUUAUGGCUGUAUCAGCACAUGUUCGGGAAUCUACUCACUGCCCAUAUCGAUAUGUACUACGAGAAAGUAAAGUUCGUGAACUUGAAGAGGAAAAACCCUACUUCAAAGUGCUCACAUUCACUGACAUGGAAGGACUAACUACUCGCAAUAAAAAACACAAGUUCACAUCAGAGAAUGACGAUUGGAUAUUGCAAAUGUCCAUCGAGGGGCCAAGCAGGAUAAUGCCUGAAGUGUCGCUUUGUUCCGGACAUCUGUCACAUUCGAUGGAAUAUCAGCCUGAUGCGUCCUCUGAAGACCUUUAUACUUAUGGGGUAGGAAAAAAGAUGAAUGGUCCGACUAUUGGGCCCCUCCAUAAAGUCCGGGUUGGAGUAGGAGAAAUGGAACGAGCAGAGCAUGUCUAUAUCAAAAAGAUGCGGCUAGAAAAUCAAGUCACAAAGACAAUUCUGCGAUUCCCAAGUGUUGACACAGAAUUCGAAAGUCAUCAAGCAUUCGAAUUUUCUCCAGUAUUUCCGGAUAUACAGCCCAUGCUUAAUGUAGACAUACUCUAUACGAAGGAGAAAAUUUACUAUUUAGACAUCCUCUAUACCAUAACCAUGAAAACGGUAACCAGCGCUGGAGCAUUCCAACCUCUGUUCAAUCUUAUCGGUGAUGAUGGCGAGAGUGGAAUGCGAAAAUUUGUUGAUGAUUCGAAGUUCGAUGAAGAGGCGCGUCAUGAAUUUGACGUAGAUGCAGUGAAUCUUGGUCCAUUACGGGAACUUGAAGUCAAAAUUGAGGGAGAUGAGAAUGGUCCUCUAUCAAAUUGCAAUUCUUUGCAGCGUCACGAAUUUGAUGUAGAUGCUGUGAAUCUCGGCCCAUUGCGCGAGCUUGAAGUCAAAAUUGAGGGAGAUGAGAAAUCAUCUUGGUUAGUGGAUAUCGAGGUUGGACUAGUGGAUAGUGGUACGCGAUAUGUUGCAGGACAAGCAAAUGUACCGACCCCCGGACAGAUCAUCCGAUUACCACUGCAACAGUCAUAG